AUGACCAACUACCUCUCACUUCCCGCGAUUGCGGAGUUCGUCAAUGCCUACGAGGAGAAACCAACCGCUGAAAAUGUCAAGAUCAUGGUAAGCGGUCUCCUCACUUACGCCUUUGAUUCGAAGGAUGGCUGGCUCCUCAAGUGGGAAGAUGACCAGGAAAACCGCCACUCCAUCUGUUUCGUCGUGAAAGCUACUGGUGAAGCCAGGGCUCUCCACGCCGUCGUGAAGAUUGUUCUCGACAAAUCUGCUCCAAUUGAGGAAACCUGGGAUCAAUCUAUCCCACGCUUGAUCGGUGCCCCGAUUACCGGUGGACGAUGCUGGGCCAUCCUCAUCCGCGGCCUCAAAGUCCGCCUUUACGAAUACCACCGCGACGAGAACCCUGACUACCGUCUGCUUCCCUGUGACUUCAAGGUCAAGGACAAGCUCAAGCAGACAGUCCACAUUCGCAAAAAUGCCGACUCGGUCAACCAAAUUCUCACAGGCAUCCCUGGCCAGGCCCCGAAGCCACUCGAUGAGUGUGAACACAACAGCUUGGCUGUGAAUGAACCUGCCGUCGACGAGACAAAUGAGCUGAAGUCUUCCGCUGAUGGCAAUCUUCCGACUAUCUUUGUCUCUAAGGCCCAUGUUAAAUCGUCCUCCGAGGAUCGCCCAACUGAGGCUAGCGAGGAUAAGACGCCUACCGAAACCGAGCCUGUCGCUGAGCCUAAGGCAGCUGCCCAGACUAAGACUGCAACUCAGGUCGAUACUGCCACUGCUCAGAUCAAGAACACUACUGCGACCAAUGGAAUCCAGGCCAAUAUUACUCCUCAAGCCAAGGCAGUUCUUCUACCCAAGGCUGCUACUGGGGCUAAGAGUGCUACUCAGGUGAAGCCUGCUACUGGGGCCAAGAGUGCUACUCAGGCUAAGGCUAAUCUUCUAGCAAAGGGAGUUUCUGGGAUCAAGCUCACUCCCAAGCCCAAGUCUGCGCUGAGAACUGAGAUUGUGGGACAGACAGCUACAAACUAG